CACCCUGCCUCCUCCCUUUCCGCCGUCGCCGCCGUCGGACACGCAGCCGCAGGCCGGGGCCGGGCCGCAGCUGGGGAGUCAGGGGCGCGCGCAGCCAACCCUUCCCCCUCCGGCUCCCGCACCGCUCGCCGCCUCCCCUCGCCCUCCUACUCUCCCCUCCCUGCUCCUUCGCCGCUUCCUCCUCCUCCUCCUCUCCGGGCCCCAGCUGCCAGCACCAUGUCCGCAGGGGGAGAUUUUGGGAACCCGCUGCGAAAAUUCAAGUUGGUGUUCCUGGGGGAGCAGAGCGUCGGGAAGACGUCUCUGAUCACGAGGUUCAUGUAUGACAGCUUUGACAACACCUACCAGGCAACCAUCGGGAUUGACUUCUUGUCAAAAACCAUGUACUUGGAAGACCGUACGGUUAGACUGCAGCUCUGGGACACAGCCGGGCAAGAGCGGUUCCGCAGCCUGAUCCCCAGCUACAUCCGGGACUCCACAGUGGCUGUGGUGGUGUACGACAUCACUAAUCUCAACUCCUUCCAGCAGACUUCUAAGUGGAUUGACGAUGUCAGGACAGAGAGGGGCAGUGACGUAAUCAUCAUGCUCGUGGGCAACAAGACGGACCUGGCUGACAAGAGGCAGAUAACCAUCGAGGAAGGGGAGCAGCGGGCCAAAGAACUGAGCGUUAUGUUCAUCGAGACCAGCGCGAAGACCGGCUACAACGUGAAGCAGCUCUUCCGACGUGUGGCAUCAGCUCUGCCCGGCAUGGAGAAUGUCCAGGAGAAGAGCAAAGAAGGGAUGAUUGACAUCAAGCUGGACAAGCCCCAGGAGCCCCCGGCCAGCGAGGGCGGCUGCUCCUGCUAAUGCAGAGCCCACUCGGCUUCCUCAAAAACACUCACUUGUGUUGCCUCCUAUUGGUUAGCUUCCUAACGGGGUGGGAAAUGAGUUUAUCAAACGGGAGGAUCUUUCUUUUCUCUCUCUCUCUCUAGGAGUAGGGUGGGACAUGGGGAGGGAGGCUGGGCAUCAGGGACCACGUCACUCUUAACAGCUGUUACCUAAACAACUAUUUUUUGGUUUGGUUGUAAUAUAUUGUACUUUAUUAAGAUUGCCAAAAACUGUUAAAAUUAAAAAAAAAUUUAAAUCAUGUGUAUACAACUUUUUGCCAGAUAAAAGAAGUAGUCAUUUUUAUUUGAAAGAUGUGCUUUUUUUGUUUUUGUUUUUGUAUAUUUGUAAACUUAUAGAGAACCUCUCCAUACACCUCUUCCUUCCUGUUCUCUUGAAACUGUGUGUCACCUCUACCUUCCUCCCAUCCCCUGUCCCGUAAAUUAAAGCAAUUAACUGAAAAGUAGUAAUUAGGUUCCAGGCCUGGGUCACAUGACUCAAACUAACCAAGCCCUCUAUCCAGGCUCCCCUCAGUCAAAUCAGACUUUAGUUUAACAAAACAGCCCAGAGGGGCCAUUAUUCAGUCCUUCCUUGGCAGAGUGGGACAACGUUAGCCGGCCCCUGACUGGAAAUGAAGGCCUGUGGGCUUUAGCAUCAGCGCCAGGCCCCACGGCUGCUUAUGCCUCAUCUCCUCCCCUGAAAAAACAUGGAGACAGAGAACACAGACAACUGUGUGUUCUCUGUGCUGACCCAGUGACGAGCAGAGCGAGAAGGUACUGGAAGGAUGGGGUGCUCCCGGCAGCUGAGGACUGAGGCAGGGUUGUGGUUUUCAAAUGUUGUAAGCUACUGGCCCAACAGUAGACGCAUGUACUUAGGCUGACUCGCCAACUCAAUGUGUGAGGUGAAGCGGGGUGGCUCAGGGGUGCUGAAGCCUGGGGCAUGUGCCAUUGGUCCACCUGUGAUUGGGGAAAGGACGGAUGUCUGCCCUGACUCUGAACAAUAUGUGUUCUCAGACCUUCUACUCCUCUUGCUGGGUACUGUUGUGGGAGCAUUGAUUCCUUGAUGUGUUUUCAGCCCCUGGCAUGGUACAUUUAAAAUCUUUGUGUGAAUACCUUUGGAGUGUUGUGGCUGCACUACCGGCAUCUUGAGGUUACUGUAGGAUUUCCAGAAGGCUGCCCAGGGCACUACCACCUGCCCCAGCAAGCUGUCCUUGCUGUUUCCACUCAUUCCUGAGACUGCUUUAGUCUUAAAGAUCUUCAGAGACUCUUAACAGAGUUCUCUCCUCAAAGCAAAGUAACUCACACCCUCAACGCUCCCAGACUCACUGCCCUAAGCCUGCCCAAAAACAGACAGGGGCAGUGACCCUUCAAAACAUCCCAGUCCUAUAGCAUUGGCUCGUCUCCAGAUUGCUGAUGCACAGGGUAAAUGCCACCACAGAGGGUUGGAAUGAAUUAUGGAACUUCUCAGAAAUGAGUUCAGAAUGGCAGCCUGCAUGGCGGGUUUCAUUUUGUGAGUGGGCCUGUCAUGCUUCUCCAUCCUGGGAGACAGUGUCAGUGCCCAUUCUGGUGAAGAAGAGAGGAAGCAGGAUCCUCCUGGGUACCUCUUCCAGAAGGCAAGGACCAAUGUACAAGCAUAAUUGAAACAUCGUGUGUUUAGCUUUUUUAUGUGUGUACAUAAUUAUACAUAGAGAUAGACUUGUGUAUACACCCACACGCACACAUCCUCACGUAUACAUGUGUUCAAUGUAUAUUCCUGUCGCUCCCACUCUCAAGUUGGAACUUGCAUUGUGAUUCCAGUUUUGGAAGUUCAAAAGUAUGCAGUGUAUUGAAAUAAGAAAUACUCAAAAUAUUGUCCAAUAACUUGUGGUUGUCUUGCCUUCAAUAAAAUAGUGCAUAGAUGUGUUAAGCUACAAUCAAAACUCGUGCACAGAACUACCUUCACUGCUUUCCGUACCUGUGUGCACAGGUGUGCAUGCCUUUGUGGGCCAGUGUCCCCCCACCGUGGGCACCCCACCUAAGUGGUGCUUGUUGGAAGAAGGCACACUUACCCUGUGCUGACAGCAGCCUGGUUGGCAGGGAGGGGCUUCGCUGGCAGCCUCUGGCAGAGCCCCACGGACAGGGUUUUGUCCUGUGUCUCAAGGAAUGAAUGUAGGGUGAAUUUUAAUCUUCUUGGCACUCAACAAUAACCUUUCCCGUAUUUCUAUAACUCGAAGUAGCAGAUCCGUUCCCUCCUCUUGUGCACACAAUCUAAGGCAUCAUGGCAUGCUUUAGAAACAGCAGGAGUCAUGGUGGAUGCCAUCCUGGUUGAUCGGACCUAAGGAGCCCUGCCUUCCUAGCUUGUCCACAAAGCCCCCUCUUGAGUUUAGGGUCUCCCAAUAUCGUUGCCUCUAAGAAUGAGGGUACAGUCACCCCACUGCUCUCCCACCCCAGCGGUGCCCUGGCCUUUUCCUCAGCCCAUCUCCUUCUCUGAUGGCCAUUAAGGCAGCCGGGCCCCACACAGAACUAAUUCUAUUGUGCCCGGGACUGAUUUCUCCUUCAUGCCCACCACCCUCCUUGUCAUCAGGAUCAGGUCAGGUUCACUUGAAGAUGUCCUGAAAUUCUCUCAGUGUCCCCAUCUUUGCUGAAUCCACAUCAGUCAGAAGACAGAAUGGAGGAUUCUCUUAGGACAAGAUCUCAACUUAGUAAUUCAGUUCCUCUCCCUGGACAUUUGAGCCCGGCCUGGCAGAUGGGCAUGGCCCUCUCUCUUUUCUUUAGGAGUCUUGAAGGAGAUUGUCAGCAAAACUUCUGUGAGCAUUGCAGGAAUAGUCUAAGAUUGGAAAGGCAGGCGGCCUAGCUCUACCCACACGCACACCAAAAUGAAGGUGUGACGUCAGUGUCCUGAGUGCUAGUCUUGCUGUGGGGUCAGAGGUUAGAAUGUUUGGUGGUCAGGGCCUGACUGCUGUCACAGCCACUGCUCCCUUCCUGUCGCCAUCCUUAAACAUUUCCGCAGUAUCCCAAGAUGGGAGGCGAAACCAUGGCCGCAUCAGUUAAACGUCAGGCAGCAGAGAUAAGGGUUGCAUGGUGAUAGCUAGGCGUGUAGACAGCUGGGCACAGACAGAGCUCUAGCCAGUGCCUGGCCUCCAGUAUCCAGUGUGACAGUAUGGGGACGCCACUGGUGUCAGUGUCCUGCAGGUAGAGCAGUUAAUUCCUUCUCCAUUCGGAAGGGGGAGAGGCUGUCAGGAAGACAGGGUAGGAGAAGGUGGUAAGUCAGAGCUAUGAGAGCCAGCAGGCAGGAGUGUGUCUGAGUGUGUCAAAUGCUCAGGGCUCAAGGCUCACUAGUUCCCAGACUACCUCUCCCCAAGAAUGGGAGGCACCGUCAUCAUGCCACAGCACCCAGAGCCAAACCCUUCCUGUUCCACGAGAACCAAAACAGACAAGGUUACCUGCAAGCCAGGAACGAUCAGAGCCAGUGUUGACAUCCUCCACCCGUUGCUGACCUGGGGGUACAGACACGACUGCAUCCUGUGCUCGUGUCCCUUGAGCCAUCUCUACACCAUGGCUAGAACAUACGGUUAUUUCCAGCCUUAGUAGCUAGUGAGAAUGUAGGUGCAGUUUGGGCUCCUUCGCUGUAAUGGGUGGUCCCCAAAUCUACUUGCUUUGUCUAACCACACACAGAGCAGUAGUCAGGGCACCGUUUUAAUUUUUGUUUGAAAUCAACUUCUUCGGUAUUCCAAAAUCUUGCAGUUUCAGUGUGCAAACUCCUUGGACUCCAUCCAGGCCCUGUCUGAUUGGCACUCUGCAGGGUGUAUUAUCAGGAAAACCUUGCAGCGGGAGUUCAGAUGGUCUCUUCAGGAGACAAGAAGCCUCCGUAGCAACGAAGGCCAGCCUGCCUAUUGUGUGUUGACUUCUCACCUCACCUGUUCUUUAAAGAGGAACACAGGGUGGCAUUUCCAUCUGUAAUGGGCUCAGAAGGCAAAGCGGCCAUAUUGACUUUACAUUCAACUGUGUAAUAUGUGGAAAAGACUCAGCAUGUUGGUCAAACAAUAAAUGUCCUGAUUCUCAACACAAA